UCAUAAGUUGAAUUUAACAUUAGCAUCUUAUGAAGCUAAAUCUAUAAGUUCUAAAAUUGCAGAAGAAUUUGUUACUGGGCAGUUUAGCUUAAUGGUAAAGCAUUUGACACAUUAUCACAGGGAUGUGAGUUUGAGUUUCAUGGCUAGCCGGUAACAUAUUUUUCUGCAAUGUACGGAUAAUUCAUCCUGAUCACGCUAUUUUAUUAGCAUUAUCGCGUGUUUGAGAAUAAAAAAAUUAUUUCUAUAUCUUUUAUGCAUAUAAAUUUUUGUUGAUAUGACAGUCAUUGAUUUUUUUUCUUCAAUUGACACAACACAAAUCAGAACAUGAAAUGCCAUUUCACUGACCCCUAUGCUUAACAUAUCAUUUUAAAUGCAACACUGCAUUCUGAAUUAGGUUUACAAAAUAUCAUCGUUACCUGAGAAUUUUGACUAUUGAUGUUUCACACAAAAAAAUUGACAAUAUAAAAAAUAGGUAAUGCUUUGUUGUUAGACUACAUUUAGCUAUAGAUUUUCUCGGAUGACUCUCUACUGAAAGCAGUUGUUUGAAAAUAUAAGCUAAUAAACAUCUGUUCCGCUUUAUUAUUGAUUACCAUUACCAUUUACACAUUUUACUGUCAUUUCAAUUCUACAGCAGCACAUAUGUUUAUAGACAAACAUGGUUUCUAACCAAUAAUAAAUACUGAAUGCAUAUAACUAAGGUCGUAAAUCAUUAGAACAAAAACUUUGUGGUACCAACUUCAGCUUGGUAAUGUUUAUCUCCCAGUGUAGCCCUUUUCUGCAUCACAUCCAUAUCAAAAUUAACAUUUUUUUUCCUCUUGGUUUCUAAUUUCAUAGAAGUACCAGUAAUAUACUGGAGCUCAUCAACGAAAUUGCCUUUUUAUCCCUCCAGAGUUGAUAUGAUAAGGUACCAGUCAUGUACUUGGGUUGAUGGUACUGACUAACCUCAUCAUCUCAAAACUACUAGCUAGUGCCUCCUAAAUCAAAGCAUUAUAAUAUCAUCAGCGUCAUCUUUAUCUACUCUACUACUUAAUGGUAGCCUCUUGUUUUUUUGUUUUGGUUUUUGAUGGGUAGGGUUGUUGUUUGUUUUUUUGUUAUCCCUAAGUAUUGAUUUUGUCCAACUAAAUUCAGACAUUCCAUUUCUGCUAUUUAGUCUUGAGCUUUUGAGCCAUUUCAUCAAAGGUCUCCCCAAUCAAGUCACCCUUGUUUGAGCAGACCUAUUGAGACCAGUACUGACCAAGUAGACCUUACUUCUACUUUUUGCAAUCUUGCAGAGUAUUGACCUCAGAAUGGUUUUCCUUUCAUUUUUUCCUCUGUCUUUACUAUACAUCAACAUUCCUGUUUCCUCUCCACACACAUACACACACACACACACUCUUAUAACCUACGCAACCACACACCAUCUGUCUCUCUCAUCCUUCCUCUGUCUACUGUAUUGUCAUUACUAUUCUGGUGCUCUUCACCACUGCCCACAUUUUUCUUUACUGUCAGUCAUCUCCUACUCUUCCCUACCUUCUUCCAGCUCAUAUGCAUCACUGAUUACCCUACACCUUUUUCACUUUGCACUACAUCCAUCCCUCAAUCCUACUUAAUCUAUACAGUUGUCACCUACCUCCCCUAAUUAUCAUUCAGCCAACAUAUAACCCAUGCACUCUCCACCCAUACUUCCAGUUCUUCUGUCCCCACUCAUUUCUACUCACCUCAUUCAUACCUUGAGGGUUUAUCCUGACAUCUCAUUACCAUUCUUUUUAUUUCUUUCCAGUUCCACCCUGAUCAAUCCCACCCUCUCUUCUAAAAUGUGACCAAUGAUGUAGCUCCUCCACAGCAAUAAACCCUUUCUGCCCUGGUCUCUUCUCUCAUAAUUUGACCCCUUAUCUCCUUGCAUAAAGCUGACUACCCCAGAGUUCUUAGUCUUGCAAGCUGUAUGAGAAUCUUACUAAUGCUGGUGCUACAGAAAAAAAACAGCACAGUACACAAUGUAAAGUGGUUAGCAUUAAGAAGGGCAUCUAGCUGUAGAAACCAUUCUAAGCAGACACUGGAGCACAAUGCAGUCUUUGGGCUUGUUUGGUCCUGUCAAAUCAUUCAACACAUGGCUGUAUGAAUCAUGGACAGUAAAUGAUGAUGGUUUGAAAUUCCUGUAUUUUUAACCUUUUCUGUUGUUUUGUCCCUAUCUAAAUCUUUCAUUUGAGUGUAAUGAGGUUCUAGUUUAUAUUUUGCUUUUAUAUACAUGUUGUUGUUGAUUGUUCCUUCUCGUGCCAUACCUGGCUCAUAAGGGCCAGUUUCCCAGUUUCAUUGGUGUAUAGGUUCCCCACCUGGAUGGGACACCAGUCCAUCACAGGUGAGCUGCUAGAUGCAGGAGGAAAGAGUGAGAGAAGGUUGUGGCAAAAGAAUCAGCAGAAGUUCACCAUCACCUUCUGCCAGAGCUUAGGUGUUUCACUCAUAAACACACACAUCGCCUGGUCUGAGAUUUGAACCUGUGAUCCCUCCUUUCAAGGUUGAUAAAAUUGGAUGUCAAUGGCAUGGACUUACUUUUGCCGUACCACGGCCAUCACGGACCACGACAUAGCAACAGGUAUGUUCGCAGCUGCCAACAAGCCAAAUAUGGAGACAUGACUUAUUCCAUACAUGCUGCUUACAAGAGCAAUGGUAGUGAUCCAACAGACAUUCCACCACCUUUGGUUAUAUCAAAGUACAUGAUUAAAAAGUAUGGUGAUAUGUUCAGUGAGCGUCAUAUCACAAUUCACUACCAGCUCAUUAACUAUCCCUGGCAGACACUCAGUGUUUUAGAACCUCUGGAACCUAACAGCUGCAAUAACAAAAAUUCUUCAGUAAGAGCAACAGUGUUAGAGAGUGCUAAACGUAUGAACUGUUUAGCUGCGACCAAUGCAGGUUUCUUCAACACACAUACAGGGGAAUGUGUAGGUAAUACAGGACGUUUUUGUUGUUGUAAUUUUUUUUUCUCAGGUAAUGUUGUGAGUAAUGCUCAUCUUGUUAAAGAUUCAGGAGGUAUUCAGAAUGUUCACUUUGGUAUUACAAAAGAUGGAAUGUUAUAUUUUGGGUAUUUAUCUGAAAUAGAUAUUGUUGCCAAAGACUUUAUUCAACUUGUUGGUGGUGUUAUCUGGCUUAUUAGAGAUGGAAAUGUGUAUGUUGAUGAAAGUGCAAAACUAGAAUGUUCUGAAUCACAAGAAAGUGGUAAUAUUCAAAGAUUUGUAUCUGUGAUAUCUGCACGUAAUGCUGUUGGCCAUGAUAAAGAAGGCAGGGUUAUUAUGGUGCAAGUAGAUGGAGAAACAGGCAAACAUGGCAUCAAUUUGUAUGAAUUGGCUGACCUCAUGAAAGACCUUGGUGCAGUCAAUGCUAUCAAUUUAGAUGGUGGUGGCUCAGUUACACUUGUAAUGAAUGGAACUUUGGUCAACAACCCAUCAGAUAUGUGUAGUGAUAAGAAGUUUCGAUGUCCUCGUGAGGUGUCAACAAUACUGUGUGUACAUGAACCUCUUUGUGAUCCCACUGACUGUAAUGGACAUGGUCAGUGUGUCUUUGGUCGUUGUAACUGUUCAGGUUUCUGGUCAGGUGAUCAGUGUCAAACUGUUAAAUGUGAAAAUGACUGCAGUGAACAUGGGAAAUGUACAGAAGCUGGUUGUCUUUGUACUGAAGGAUGGAUGGGGGAUGAUUGUCAUAUUCCUUGUCCACAUGGCAGAUAUGGAGUCAACUGCAGUCAACUUUGUCUCUGUCAACAUAAUUCUACUUGUGAUCUUUCUACUGGUGCCUGUACAUGUCCACCUGGAUUUGUUGGAGAAUUUUGUCAAGAAGGCUGUCCUUUUGGUUUCUAUGGUGACCAAUGUAAACAUGUCUGUAUGUGCCCUGCUGCUUGUGGCUGUGAUCAUAUUACUGGAAGAUGUAUUAUAUCUUCAGCUUAUUCCAAACAUAUUUUUCAAGCCAGUAAUUGCCUUGCCCAAAAGAUUAUACAACAUAAGCAUUUAAUUGUGGACAGAACGAAGGAAUACAGGUUUUAUGUGUAUGGUUUCAUUUCAAUGAGUAUUGUUGCGGCUGUUAGUAUCCUCAUUUCAUGCUGUUCAAUGUAUACUUUGUACAAAGACGACAAAUUCACCUGCUUCAAAAAAUGUAAACUACCUCAGAAGAACGUCAAAACACACAAACUACUGGAUAAUUCUCGCAUUUAUGAUGAAGAUGAAGACAAACUUAUUAGUUCUGAACUUGAUUUGACAGAUGAAGUUUAACGAGAAAUCAUUAUUCUUUGUGUGUAUAUACAGUAUGUGUUUGUGUGUGUGUGUGGUAUUUGAGUACUCUUUUUUCCACCUUGUUGCACAUUUUAUGUGCUUACUCCGGUAUAUAUAUAUAUAUAUAUAUAUACACACACAUACAUACACAUAUAAGUGCAUAUGGAUGGGAGAUAUGUAUGAGUGUGUGCAUACGAAAAUGUGUAAAAGCUUGGUUCCAGUUUGUAUUCCAGAUAAUGUGUAAAUGGAAGAUUUUAAAAUUAAAUGAAAUCAUUAUAUAAAGAUUUUUAAUGCCUUCAUAGAAUGAAGGAGAAUUUCACAAAAUGAUGCGAGCUGGACAAGUGACCAUAGUGUCAUCUUUGUAAACUUUACUGAAGUCUGUUUAACUGAUAAUUGGAGGCAUUCUUAUUUUAAGUUCAGUGGUUAUCAAUAGGAUGACCUCUCAACUAUAAAACAGCACAGCAAUAUGUAAAUGUGCAGAUUUUCAAAGCCCAUCCAAGAUUUAUAACCAUUUUAAACUCAGUUUGGUAUAGUUUGAAUAAGCUUCCACUCUUACUUCAAAGAUGAAUAGUUAGCAUUAAUCUAUAAUGGCAUUGCUUGUGACCUUUUGCAAGGCUUCCCAGAUUCAUGAGGUGAGGAAAAAUUGCAACAUAUAGGUUACGACAGUAGAAAGCAGUACAUUAAGGUAUUGAGUUUAUCUCAGACUGAACACUGGGACCAAAUACUUGCACCUGGGCCAUGUAAUGGUGAUUAAAUCUGCCAUCCUGAUAUAAGUAAAGUCCAUCCGACAGGCUUCUGAACAGUUUCCAUCUUUACAAAUUCUCUCGCAAGGCUUGGAUCUACUUGAGGCUAUGAGAGAAAAUACUUGCCCAAGGUACUGCACUAUUGGAUGGAACCCAAACCAUGUGAUUCUAAAUGAUCUUAAACUUACAGCCAUAUUUAUUCUGUGUUCCUCUAAUUGUUUCAAAAAUAUUAAGGCAAUAUAUCUGAAGAAUUGGGUUUCCAUGCCAGCUUAGACAAAAGUUCCAUAAAUAUUCUCUUGUGUCUAAGUUAUAUGUUCCCAAUACAUUUCCAGUAUAUUCCAUAUUCUUAUCCUGUAUGGAGAAAUAGGGUUUUUUUGUUUGUUUAUUCUUUUGAUAUGAAAGUGUUUCGUAAAUACUGGAAAAUGUCACAUUAUUUUCUGUUUCAUUGAUAAUAUGAAAAUGUUCUGUCUUUUAAGAGAUGAAAAAUGUAUUUUUUAUAUGAACAAAAAUGAAGAAGUGGCUGUAUGUCUUUGUGUUCGUCCUCCUUCACCACUUGACAACUGGUGUUGGUUUGUUUAUGUCCCCAUAUCUUAGCAGUUUGGCAAAACAGACUAAUAGAAUAAAUACCAGGCUUAAAAAAUAAGUACUGGAAUCAACUUGUUUGAUUAAAACCCUUCAAGGUUGUGCCUCCGUAUAGCCACAGUCUAAUAACUGCAUCAAGUAGAAGAUAAGAUACCACCCUGUGUCAUUAUUACAUUAGUGUCAUUGAGUUGUUGGGUAGCUCCAAAUAUUUUAUUUUUACCAAAUGCUUUAGGAACUAGUGUGGUUUCUUACUGCUUUCACUAAGGCCAGGUGAAGAUUUAAGCCCAGCACUUCAAGCUAAUAAAAUAGUCGUGCAUGUAUUUUAUUUGUGAUAAAGUAUAUCAUCGUAUGGUACCUAUUUACAACUCGAGUGAACAGGUCCAUCAACAUUUGACUUCACCAAUCAACCAUUGAUGGGAUAUUUACUGCCAACAUUUUUACAGCAUACGUUAAUACACUGUCAUCUCUACUAGCUUUAACUCUUACAUUUUAGGGUGCUAAUUUAUAUAAGAUGGUUUUCAUGGUGAUAAGAAGACGAAAGAAAAAUUUAUAUUAUGAUUAUAAUUUAUAUUGAUAUCAACAAUCAUUCUCCAGUUUAAUAUAAAUGCUUUGUUACUGAAUUUAUUUUUUUUAAAAAUUAUAAUAAAAUGUUUUUAAGAAAAUAAUGAAGAUAAUUAUAAUACUGUUAAAUUAAAGUGAGAAAGGAUUUUCAAAUUAAGACCAUUACAAAAAUGAGAACAUUUUUUCUCUUUUUUAUUUGGCAAUAUUAUCAUCUUACAAUCUGUUAUACAGAUUAUUCAAAAUGUGU